AGUUGCUGCAUAUGAUAUAAUGCUAUUCACUGAAAUCAUAUAUACUGAUUGAGUAUACCGUUACUCUCCAUCGAUACUCUGCUCCACCUACCACAACUUGCUUAUGAGAUUGCCGUAUGAAGGUAACUAAAGCUUGAAACAUGCCAAUGGCUUUCACAUGUCGAAGAGUUGGAUCACUAUGACGACCUUCAGUUGUGGGUGUCCCUUGGAGCAUCUCGAUGAGAACAAAUGAUGUAUGAAUAGGCUCAAUCUCAAUGCCCUUCAUUCAUUCUGCUCAAGUUCAUGAUACUAACACUCGAUACUUUUUCUUCUAUAUUGUAACCUCCUGUAACAAUUUCCCAUGGCCAUGGCUAGAGGUAGGGAUGGUUGCUGUCAAGUUAGCGUCACUGCGGGGCCGUUUAUAGCUGGAGCUUCCGUCACCACUCCACACCAUCCGAACUAUUCUUACCUUGAGCUAUCACAGCUACAGCUAUAGCUCUCCACUCACUCAAUCAAUCACUCAUUCGGUUACUGAGGCAUCUCAAUUUUUACCUCUCGUCCAAUUGGACUCUCAUUCUCAACUCUCCCAGCUCAAACUACCUCAUACACGCCCAUCAUGGGCCUCCUCUCCUGCAUAGGCCUUCGUCGCCGGAACCAAUGGGAGCCCAUGACCCUCCUCGACAAUCUCAUCUCGUCACCUUUAACAUAUCUCGCUUUUCUCUUCUACCACGCUGUACUCCUCCUCCGCGGUCGACCUUUCCACCCGCCGCGUGACAAGCCCGCCAUUCGCGUCGUCUGCAUCUCCGACACACACGAUCUCAAAGUCGACAUUCCCAACGGUGACAUUCUCAUUCAUGCAGGAGAUCUUACAGAUUCCGGCACCGUAGCAGACAUCCAGAAACAGCUCGAUUGGCUUCGUGAACAGCCUCAUCCUGUCAAGGUUGUCGUUGCAGGUAACCAUGACAGUUGGUUUGACACCAAAAGUCGACAUGAAGAGGAUGCGCGCUCAGGUGCUAAGCCCAACAUGGAGGGUCUUCAUUAUCUUGAGAGCGGUUUGACUGUGCAAAAGAUAAAGGGUCGAACCGUCAAUAUCUUUGGUGUUCCUGAUAUUCCAAGCAUUGGUCCCAAGGAGUUUGCCUUCCAAUAUACUCAAGAUAAACACCCUUGGUUGAGCAAGGUACCUCCGCAAACCGAUAUUCUUAUCACCCAUUGCCCUCCGAAACAUCAUCUUGAUCUCGGUCUCGGGGACAGCAAUCUCCUCCGUGAAGUUUGGCGCGUAAAGCCCCGUCUCCACGUCUUCGGCCACGUCCACUUUGGCUACGGUAGAGAAUCAGCCUUCUUCGAUACCUUCCAGGAGACCUACGAACGUAUCAUGUCACGACCUCGUCGCGGUCUGAUCCGAGACUUCAUCCCUAAUGAGGCUUGGCUUGAUUAUCUGCGUCUUGUAGCCCAAGGCCUUCAUAGCGUGGCAUGGAAGUGGCUCAUGUCUGGUCCUGGAAGUAACAAUGGUAGUCUCAUGGUAAAUGCUGCGCAGAUGAAAGGCAACUCGGGCAAGGUCAAGAGUAGGGCGGUUGUUGUUGAAAUUUGAAAGACCAAGCAAGCAAGUUUAAAUAUAUACAAGGUAUGUUUUCACUUCUGAGUCAACUAUAGACUCCGAGAACCUAGUGGAAAUAUCUGAAAUAUCAUCUUAUUGGUAUUACCGUGCAUUAA